GUCGGUUGACUUGGAGGAUCCCACUCUCUUCUUGCUUUGCUUACUUCUCUCUGCUCUAUUGCCGUUUUCUAUUCACUUUACCCAACUUCUAUUCCUCUUUUUUCUCCCCAUUUUUUUGGCUCACUCGCAGCCUUUUCUUUUUUUGUUCCCUGAACCUUUUCUUUGAACCCAAACACAAAACCCCAAAGAAACCCACUGUCCCAUUUAACCCAGGGUCAAUAACUCCACGAUCCAACUCUAACCCAAGUUCCUAAUUGGACAAAGGGGGAAUUGUCGUUGUACUUUAAAAUGGUGGAUUUGUCAUGGUUGAGUGCCAUCCUAGUUGGGGCGGGCUGCCUUGCACUAGGGUACUGCAUUGGUAGGCACCGUCCUACAUGUUUAUUUCUCUCAUCAAGAGGAGCUAAAGAUACUACAAUCUCUAAAGUAAAUAAGAAGAUCAAAGAACCCUUGGAAAUUGAAAAGUUGGCAGACAUUCUAGAGGAUUUUAAAAUGGUACUGGUUGUAAGAAACGAUCUUAAGAUGGGUAAAGGGAAAAUUGCUGCCCAAUGCAGUCAUGCAACUUUGGGUCUUUACAAAAAACUCCUACAUCGAGCACCAAAAGCUUUGAACAGGUGGGAGAUGUGUGCUCAACCAAAGGUGGUUGUGAAAAUUGAUGGCGAGGAAGAUAUGCUAGUUUUGCAAGAGAGGGCAAAAUCAUUAAACAUACCGACACAUAUCACCAUUGAUGCAGGGAGAACUCAGAUUGCACCAAAUUCGAGGACAGUGAUGGCUAUUCUUGGUCCUAUUGAAAUGGUGGAUGAUGUAACUGGUGGACUGAAGCUAUUGUAAUGAUUCUUCUCAAAACCAUCGAAUUUUUCUGCAGAAUCCUCCCAUUGAAGAAGCUUGAGGAGCAACUUCUAAUUUAACAAGGUUGUGGUUAUUUUCAUCUACUUUUCUUUAAAGAUAUUUCGUCCAUUAACUUAAAAGUGAAAUCCACUCUAUACUUGGUGCUAGAUUCUUAGAAACUUUUGUUUCAGUUUUGUGAUGAUGGCGAAAAGUUGCUGCUUUUUCUACUCAGUGGGUUUGAAGACAGUUGGAGAAUUGUUUCGUGCUAUUCAAUAACGCUUUAGAUGUUUGGCUUCAUGAAUAUUCAAUAACUUUGGGGAUUUUUAUUAUAUUCUAAUAUUUUACAAUGAAUUGCAUUGCAAGUAAAA